AUGGAAGGCGAAGUGGCGGCUUUCGACAUUGGCACAAAAUUAUUAAUUAUUAAAUCAAAUUCUUCAGCUGGUAACCACAAUCUUAAUGAUAUGAAAUUCAUCAACCUUGACUAUGUGAAAGAUGUUAAUAUGUUGGCAGAUGCCAAAGAACCAGCUCCUCACCUGAUGCCCCUCAACUUAGGAAAGUUGAGUAACCGUGUGCGGCAAAAUGUGGAGGAGAAGAGACAGAAAGUCAAUCACAUUGGGGUUGGUGUCACACCCGAAGGACAAGCAGUAUUCAAUGCAAUUAUCAAAACCAUAGGAGAAACCAGAUGGAGUGGGAAAAAUAUAAUAGUGAUGGAGACUGUUGAAAUACAUCCACCUUAUGGAGUAGAGAAUUGCCACGGUCCAGAAGGAAAUCAAGUUCUCAUACAUGUCAAAAAAAUAGUUACCAAGCAUUUGAGUAAGAUGUCAGAGUCGCAAGGUACCAAUAGCCUCAGGAAAUCCAUGUCUCCAUCUCCUGUGUCUCUUUCUCUUACAUCCUUUCUCUUGAUUUCUUUUUCACACCUUUCUUUUUACCUUCAAUUCUCCCUUUUAAAUGUCUUCUUUCUCCUCCUCCUCCUCUCUUUUUCUCCUCGACUUUCUGUUUAUUAUUCUUUCUUUCGACUGACUUUAUACUUCGUUUAUUGUCUGUUUUCUUUUAAAUAUCUAUUAAUCUCCCCAGUCUGCAGUCAGCCCAAGACCGUCUCCACAAACAAGGCCACUCCUCCACACCCUCUGACCCAUCUCAUUCUUCCCAUCCCUCAACCCCUCUUUGUAGAGAAAAGUCCUUACCUGCCACUCCUUGUACAUCUUUUUCCCAUCCCUCAACCCCUCUCAGUAGAGACCCCAGCCCUUUCAGACAAACUUAUACUCCUCGUCACACCGCAGUCUUUCUCCCAUUAA